CGGUUUACCACUGUCAACACUUGGCUCGCUGCUGCGGAGCAACGACGAUGUCGGAGCAGGAGUCUCUGAGGUGCUCCAGUGCCAGAAACCGUGGAGGCGUACAAAGGGUGGAGGGAAAACUGCGAGCCAGUGUAGAAAAAGGGGAUUAUUAUGAAGCACAUCAGAUGUACAGGACUUUAUUUUUUAGGUACAUGUCACAGGCUAAACAUGCUGAGGCCAGGGAGCUGAUGUACAAUGGUGCUCUACUCUUCUUCAGCUAUAACCAGCAAAACAGUGCAGCAGACCUGUCCAUGCUGGUUCUGGAGGUGUUGGAGAAAUCUGAGACAAAAGUUGAAGAUGAUAUAUUAGAAAGCUUGGCUAAGUUGUUCAGCCGGAUGGAGCCGAACUCCCCUGAGAGAGUAGCAUUUGUGUCCAGAGCCUUGAAAUGGUCCACAGGAGGAUCUGGCAAGUUGGGUCACCCGAAACUACACCAGCUGCUGGCUGUCACCUUGUGGAAAGAACAAAACUACAGUGAGUCUCGUUACCACUUCCUGCAUUCGUCUGACGGGGAGGGCUGUGCGCAGAUGCUGGUGGAGUUCUCGGCCUCUCGAGGCUUCCGCAGCGAGGUCGACAUGUUUGUGGCGCAGGCCGUCCUACAGUUCCUCUGCUUAAAGAACAAAAACAGCGCUUCCGUGGUGUUCAGCACAUACACAGAGAAACACCCGUCCAUAGAAAAGGGCCCUCCCUUCGUCCAGCCUCUACUGAACUUUAUCUGGUUUCUGCUGCUGGCAGUGGAUGGGGGUAAAUUAACAGUUUUCACAGUGUUAUGUGAGCAAUACCAACCUUCUCUAAAGAGGGACCCCAUGUAUAAUGAGUAUCUCGACAGAAUAGGACAGGUUUUCUUUGGCGUUCCACCCAAACAGUCACCAUCAUACGGUGGACUGCUAGGAAACCUGCUGAACAGCCUGAUGGGUUCAGGUGAGGAUGAUGAUGGAGCUGAAGAAGCCCAGGAGGACAGCAGCCCCAUAGAGCUGGACUGAGCCUGCGACAGCCUGACAAGAAAUCAAAUGAACAAAAAAAAAAAAAGAAGAGGAAGUCCACGCCGCCUCUGUCCUUCACCUCCACAACAAGGAUGGGGCGAGGUGCUGGACUGUGUUUUCAGAAGCGUGCUGUUUCCAAAAACCCUUCCCCAACCAUCAAGUCUAAAAUCAGAGCAAGUAUCCGGCCACAAAAUUCUCCCUUCAGCAUUGCCGGGACUGACUGCGCCAAACUGCAAACUCUUCCGUGUUGAUUUAUUGUAAGAUUAUAUUAUUUUAUUUUAACCAUGAUUUUUGGUUGGUUGGGGACUCUCGCUCUUUGUUUAUGGUGUAUGAUUUUUAAACAUAACAAAGCGCCCUCUCCCUGUGAUAACCUGCUCCAAAGAUGUGGGAGUGGUUUUGAGUCUCUCAGUGGAGAGGAUAGCAUCACAUGUACACACAUCCUCUUCAUAUUGUCGACUGCAUCAUUAAAGGAGGGUUCAGUCCACUUACUACAUUUAUCCAGAUGUUUUUGUUUGCCAGACAAGCCACAUGGAGCUACAUAAGAAACAAGUUGCUGCUGUUAUUGGGAUUGUCCGUUAAAAGCUCUUCUUUGAGUAGUAUAUAACAUUUCUUCUUGUAAUCAAGGCAACCUUUCAUCUCCUCGUCUUGUCUGUCUCAUUAGACGUAAGGACACAGUGAAAACAGAACUGAAAGUUCUAACCUGAGGUCAUCCUGCACCUUUUAAUAUCAACCAAACACUCUCUGAUCAGUGUCUCCUUCAUGGGUCGUUUCUAAUCAUCUGCAAACACACAGCUGUCCGGAUACAUUUAGCUCCAUUGUGCGCUGGCUGAACUGCUGUCUCAGCUCGAGGAAUUAUCCGGAGUUCUCUUCAUUUGUGUUCCAGUAAAGUACGAAGCGCUUAUAAUUUAGAUUUCACUGGAUGUUGGCUCUCACUAUCUAUGUGUCACUGUGAAAAAAGAAAAAAAAGCCAGAUGUUGGAGUUACCUUCCAAGUUUGUAAAAUGAUAAGAGACACUGUGAAAACCUGUCUGUUGGAGUGGAUCUUUGCUUUUUCAUGUUAUAAAAUGCUAACACCCAAAACCAGCCUGUUACCUGACUGCUUCUGGUUUAGUCUUAAACGCUUUGUUUACUCUUCACUUCAAUUCCUCUUCGACUGCUGUGUAAUCUAACAUCAGUUCAGCCAGUGCACAAUCAGAAGUUCCUGUGUACAGCUUUCAUAUCUCAGAUUUUCAGCCGUCAGCUUCUUUUUUGUCCUCAAAGUGACAUCAGCCCAGGUCUUUCAAUUAAAUGCAAAACUAGAGAAGUGCAGAGGUCUUCCAAUGUAGGUUAACAUAUCUUACCACUUUAUUAUGAUCUCUGAAGGACCAUGGAUCACCAGCAUGGCCAAUACUAAGUAAGAAACGACUAAAUAAAUAUGUAAAUGAACCAGAAAAGUAGUGUUAAAAUGUAACUCAUACACAACUUAUUUUAAGUUUCCUUUAUCAAUGAAAAGUGAAAUAAAAAAAACUCUUAACAAAGUAUAGGUGAAUAAUUGAAAAACAGGCUGUUAGUAAGUAACACAUUUAAUGACAAAACUUUAUUGUUACUCUAAGAGAUUAUAGAUUAAUUCAGUUCUUUGUUUCAUAAGAUGCUGGUUGAAGAUUGGCUGUUUUUGGUACCACAUACAGGACUGGCUUGAUGUUGUAGUGCUGCAAACGGACAGAUGGAAUAGAAAACCUGCAAACAAAUGUUUCAGUGACUCGGCUUUAACAGUGUUGUUUUCAGUCAUGAAAGAUCCUAUUUUUAACGGCGGGGCGACGAACCCUGCAGGCUUCUCAGUGAAACCACUGAGGUCUUAAAGGGAAAGUCUAGUCAAGCGCACUGUUCCUUUUGUCAGUCAUUCAAAUCACACGAGUCUUAUUAUUCACAACUCUCAUGGGUUCAUUUGAAUUUAAGAGCUCUUGUUUUGCUCUCCUAAAAGUCAGGUGUUUUAAUUUUUUAGUAUUCUUUAAUAUUUGGCGGUAAAAAGGUGUGACCAAAGACUCCUCCAUGUCAGAGAACACUAUCAUAGCUGCUGUUGUUGAUCAUUAUUUCUUCUUUCGAGAACUAAACGGGAGUGUUCGCCCUUUUUCGAUGAUUCACUAAUUGUGCAAAUAAACUACAACUGAGAAGAGUUUGAGAAUGUCUUGAAACAAAAA